AUACACAAAACCAUUGUUCGCAAUCAAAAAGUGACAGUUAAUAUUCUCUAACCAACCGAAAUUAAUUUCCAUACACUCACCACUAGCUAGUUUGAUUAACGGAGAAAAGAAAAUGGAGAAAGAAGGUGUUGGGCUUGAAAUCACUACUGAGCUAAGGUUGGGCCUUCCCGGUGGGGAAUUACCUGACAAGAACGAGAAGAUGAAGAAGAGGGUGUUCUCGGAGAUUAAUCAAGGUGAUGAAAACAGCUCCUCCGAAGAAGAUCGCAAAAUCCAAACCAAAAACCAAGUGGUUGGGUGGCCUCCGGUGUGUUCGUACCGCAAGAAGAACACCAUCAAUGAAACCAAAAUGUACGUCAAAGUUAGCAUGGACGGGGCUCCUUUCUUGCGUAAAAUUGAUUUGGCUAUGCACAAGGGAUAUUCGGAGCUAGCCUUGGCCUUGGAGAAGUUCUUCGGUUGCUAUGGAAUUGGCUCAGCGUUGAAGGAUGAGGAGAAUGUUGAACAAGUUCCCAUAUACGAGGACAAAGAUGGUGACUGGAUGCUCGUUGGAGAUGUUCCUUGGGAGAUGUUUAUUGAGUCAUGCAAGAGGUUGAGGAUUAUGAAGAGAUCAGAUGCAAAGGGCUUCGAUCUGCAACCAAAAGGGUCUUUAAAGGGAUUUAUAGAAGGCGUGACAAAAUGAAAAAUAUAUAUAGAUGAAGCAAAAGGCUUCUAAUCAAUAUGGUACACGUUUUGAAGACAUCCAAUUUCAUGUUGUCGUUUUAUUAUAUUUGAGGAAGCAACAUUUUAUAGUAUGGUGCAUGAAUCAGACUUCUGUCUAUGUUAAGACCUAAGAAUGAAGGAUAUAUACAGGAGUCUGUUUAAUGAAAUAGGGAAAACUCAUCGUUUUAGUAAAUGUCUUGUCGUAUUUGUUAAUAUGCUGCACAUUUCAGCAAACUUAUUGUCGAUCCAUUUUUGCUUGCUAUUUCCAUUU